UAUUUUUAUCAUCCAUGAUAGUUGGUGAGCUUGAAGUGAGUCAAAAUGAUGACGUUUUGGGGACAAUGGGAGCAGGCAAGGUGUUUGGGGAGCUGGCAAUUUUAUAUAACUGUAAAAGAACAGCUACCGUCAAAGCUGUUAGUGAUGCUGAAAUAUGGGCAAUUGACAGAAGCGUUUUCCAGGUUAUCAUGAUGAAAACAGGAAUGCAAAGGCAAAAAGAGCACAUUCAGUUCCUGAAAAGUAUCCCAUUACUUAAGAAUCUCUCCUCGGAAUAUCUGAUGAAGUUAGCUGACUCCCUUGAUGUUGAUUUCUUCCCGGAAAAAGAAUACAUUAUACGAGAGGGCACAAAGGGAGACACAUUCUACAUAAUAUCCAAUGGAAAGGUUCGCGUUAGCCAGUUUGUGUCGGGUUUCACCGAACCACAAGAGGUCCGAUCACUAACCACGGGCGACUACUUUGGGGAAAAAGCAUUACUGAGUGAAGAUGUUCGGACAGCCAAUGUUAUUGCAGAUGUAGGUGGAUGUGAAUGCCUAGUCAUAGACAGAAUGGUUUUCAACGAGCUUCUAGGACAGAUACAGGAAAUACAGAACAAGGACUACGGGGAUGAAGAACGAGGGGCUUCUAGGCUUUCGUUGGAGAAGAAGCAGAUUGGCACAGUGCAAGUAGACCCUGUGCCAACCCCCUCCACAUUCAAUAGACUGCCAAUCAUGAAGCCAGCUGACCAUGCUAGUGCUGCCUCCAGCUGUGAAAGUCUACAAGAUAAAAAUGAGUAUGCCCAUAUUCUGAUGAGUGAUCUGGAAGGCAUUGCUACCUUGGGUAUGGGUGGCUUCGGUCGUGUCGAGCUUGUACAAAACAUUAAUGACAAGAAGACGUAUGCACUGAAAUGUCUUAAAAAGAGCCACAUUGUUGAGACAAGGCAACAAGACCAUGUUUACUCAGAGAAGAACAUUAUGAUGGCUUGUAAAUCUCCCUUCAUUUCUAAACUUUACAAAACAUACAAAGAUAAUAGAUAUGUGUAUAUGCUGAUAGAGGCAUGCCUAGGAGGUGAACUAUGGACUAUCUUGAGAGAUAGAUCUUCAUUUGAUGACUUUACUUCCAAGUUCUAUACUGGAUGUGUUGUUGAGGCAUUUUCCUAUCUUCAUGGGAAAGGAAUCAUUUAUAGAGACCUAAAACCUGAGAAUUUGCUGCUUGAUACAAGAGGGUACUGUAAACUGGUUGAUUUCGGUUUUGCAAAAAAAAUCGGUUUCGGACGGAAAACAUGGACAUUUUGCGGGACACCUGAAUACGUUGCACCGGAGAUCAUUCUUAACAAAGGUCAUGACGUCUCGGCUGAUUACUGGUCUCUUGGCAUUCUCAUAUAUGAACUCCUAACUGGAUACCCCCCUUUCUCAGGAUCCGACCCAAUGAAAACCUACACUAUCAUUCUAAAAGGUAUCGAUAUGGUGGAGUUUCCAAGGAGAAUAACAAAGACUGCAGGAAUCUUGAUCAAACGACUCUGUCGAGACAACCCGUCCGAGAGGAUAGGCUACCAAAAGAAUGGCAUUGAUGACAUCAGAAAACACAAAUGGUUCCAGGGCUUUGAUUGGGAAGGUUUAAAAAUGCAGAGAGUUGUACCACCUAUAAUUCCAAAGCUGAAUGGCUGCACAGACACCAGUAACUUUGAUCAGUUUCCGAAGGACAGAGAUAUUCCAUCAGAGGAACUAUCUGGAUGGGAUGCUGACUUCUGAGGCCAUGCCAGAUCUCUAGACCAUAAAAUACAGGGUUCCCAAGAUUGAAGAAGUCAUUUCUGGUUCAAUUAGUUCUUAAAUCAUCUAAUUCCAUUUUGCUACACAUAGUGAUACCCAUCGGCACUGACUUAUGAGGCAAUUUAUAGUGAAGCAGUGAAAACAUGCAAUUAAAAUGAAUUUGUGGGAAAUUGGUUAUUUUCUGGAAGAUUCUUGCUUGCUUGCUGGAAUUCGAGAGGCUGUCCCGAUUUCCCGGAGACACUCCGCAAAUUGUGACUUCUGGAAAUAUCAUCUCUCAAAUCAUGGUAGUUAAUCUACAGUCUCACACUGCUUUAGAAUUGCAAGAUUCUAAUGGCCGUCUGGAAUACUAUCUUUACCUCAUUUACAUGGUUGUUUUCAGAAUGUCAAAAAAAAACUGUCUUACACUGUGCAAGACCAAUGUAUAUAUUUUUACAUUAAGUCAUUACCAUGGUGAUAUGGAAUCAAUCCAUUCCCAUGGCAAUAUUGACAUCAUCCCAUCUCCAUGGUGAUAUUAACAUCAAAAGCCAUGACAUGGGGAUAUUGAGAUGAAGGUAUGGUUACUGCCUGGUUAAAUUAAGCCAUCACAAACUUGAUUAUAUCCAGGCAAUGCAUUGAUUUAUCCUUGGUGCUAUUGUUAAUAAUUACUCCAAGUAAAGAGUUCAUUUUUUAUUUGUAAUAUUGUGAGAUCAUGAAUAUUUAUGAUUGGAUGUUCAAUGAUAAUUACGUUUAAUAAAUAAGAUAAUAAUUAGACUGUGUUCUGGUUUUAGAAAAUAAUUUAUAAACUCUCACUAUUAAAGAUUUUGAUCAAAAAUAGUUAAUCAACAAUUAUUUUUUACAUGGUCUUAAUGACAAUUAUUGUUUAAUUAACUAAAAAUUCUUUGUAACAUUUUUGGUGUGAUCAUGUUUGUACAGUUACAGGCAUUGAAGUAUUAAUAAUUAUAAAAAUACUGGUAUCAUUUGGGUAUAUAUUUUUUAUUAGGUUUGUACAGUUUAUUUAUUUAAUUAAUCAAUAUUUAUUUUAUUCUUAUUGGUCAUUAUUAUAAUAAUGGUUUCUUUUAAAUAUUUAUUGUCUGUGUGUGAAGCUAACAUAAUUAGAAUACUUACUUUGUAUAUUGAAGUUUUUAGAUUUCUGUUCAAAAUUAGGUUUUUAGAGAACUGAUGAACAAAUAAUUAUUUUUUUUGAAUAGAACAAUAAAUUGGUUGAUAAUCAGUUUUAAGUAUUGUAGUAUAAGGUGUGUAAAUUUGAAAACAACAUCAUAUAACCAGUAGUAUUUAAUUUUUUCUUUUAAAUUAGCUAUGCCUAUUUAUUAUUUUACUUGAAUUGUUCAGGGUUAUCUAUAUUUUAAUUAUUUAUUAUUAAUAUGAUAUGAAUACAAAUAU